CGCAGUGCCGCCCGGCCGCUGUUGGGACCCCUCCCCUCCUCCUCCGCCCCCUUGGGUGUCGGUGGCUGCGGUCAGGGUCUGGACCGGGGCGGCGGGCCCGGGCGGCGGGGCUAGAGGGUGUGGGCACCGGCAGAGCUUCAUAGACUGCAUCCGGCUCGGUGCUGCUGCUGCCGCCGCCCCUGCCGCCGCCCAAGGCCCCUGGCGUUCCCCGCAGAGAGGCCAGAGGGAUUUCGGGCUGCAGUGGCACACGCCCAGGUUUAAGAUGAAACACUGCAGAAAGGCCUUCUGAAGAAAAGGAGAAGGAAAAACAGAACGUUGCAAACUCUGGAAAAAAAACGUGGGCCUUUGGAUGUUGUUCUGGAAAAACUUUAGUAAUGGAUCAAAGGAAGAAUGAGAGUAUUGUCCCUAGUAUCACUCAGUUAGAAGAUUUUCUUACAGAACACAAUUCCAAUGUUGUUUGGCUCCUUGUUGCUACCAUUUUGUCCUGUGGAUGGAUUAUUUACCUCACGUAUUAUAAUUCCCGGAAUGUUGGUCUUAUUUUAACACUAGUUCUUAACAGAUUAUACAAGCAUGGCUAUAUCCAUAUUGGUUCCUUCUCUUUCUCUGUUCUUUCUGGAAAAGUCAUGGUUCGUGAAAUCUAUUACAUUACAGAAGACAUGUCUAUUAGAAUUCAAGAUGGAUUUAUCAUUUUUCGGUGGUGGAAAAUGUAUAACCCAAAACAGAAGCAACAUGAUCCAAAGGCAGAAACCAGGUUAUACAUCACAGUCAAUGACUUUGAAUUUCAUGUCUAUAAUCGUUCGGAUCUUUAUGGACGCCUUCAAGAGUUGUUUGGUUUGGAGCCAACAAUAAUUCCACCCAAGAAAGAAGAUGAUAAAACACGGGAAAAUGGAAGGACAAGAACCCAAUCGAAAAUUGAAAGAGUUAAAGUAAAAACAGAAUCCCAAGACCCCACAUCUUCAUGGAGAUCACUUAUUCCAGUCAUAAAGGUCAAUGUGAGCACAGGACGUUUGGCCUUUGGAAAUCACUACCAGCCACAAACUCUGUGCAUCAACUUUGAUGAUGCUUUCUUAACUUAUACUACAAAACCACCUUCAAGUCAUCUUGACCAAUUCAUGCAUAUUGUGAAAGGAAAGCUUGAAAAUGUUCGAGUCAUGCUUGUUCCUAGUCCAAGAUAUGUUGGUCUUCAAAAUGAUGAACCACCGAGAUUAAUGGGAGAAGGUUUUGUGGUGAUGCAGUCAAAUGAUGUGGACAUCUACUACUACAUGGAUGAGCCAGGACUUGUUCCGGAAGAAACAGAAGAAAAUAUUGAAGGAGAAAUGAGCAGUGAAGACUGCAAACUACAAGACUUGCCUCCAUGUUGGGGACUGGAUAUAGUUUGUGGUAAAGGAACAGAUUUUAAUUAUGGACCAUGGGCCGAUAGGCAGAGAGAUUGUUUGUGGAAGUUUUUCUUUCCACCUGAUUAUCAAGUCCUGAAAGUUUCUGAAAUUGCACAGCCUGGGAGACCGAGACAGAUCCUUGCUUUUGAAUUACGAAUGAAUAUUAUUGCAGAUGCUACAAUUGAUUUGCUGUUUACCAAAAAUAGGGAAACAAAUGCUGUACACGUAAAUGUAGGAGCUGGCUCAUAUUUAGAAAUUAAUAUUCCAAUGACAGUUGAAGAAAAUGGUUACACUCCUGCUAUUAAAGGACAACUCUUACAUGUGGAUGCCACUACCAGCAUGCAAUAUCGGACCCUUUUAGAAGCAGAAAUGUUAGCAUUCCACAUCAAUGCCAGCUACCCCCGAAUUUGGAACAUGCCACAGACAUGGCAGUGUGAAUUAGAGGUUUAUAAAGCCACCUACCACUUCAUCUUUGCACAGAAAAACUUCUUUACAGAUUUAAUUCAAGACUGGUCUAGUGAUAGUCCUCCAGACAUUUUUUCAUUUGUUCCAUAUACGUGGAAUUUUAAAAUCAUGUUUCAUCAGUUUGAAAUGAUUUGGGCCGCUAAUCAACACAAUUGGAUCGACUGUUCCACUAAACAACAGGAAAAUGUGUAUCUGGCAGCCUGUGGAGAAACACUAAACAUUGAUUUUUCUUUGCCUUUUACGGACUUUGUUCCAGCUACAUGUAAUACCAAGUUCUCUUUAAGAGGAGAAGAUGUUGAUCUUCAUUUGUUUCUACCAGAUUGCCACCCUAGUAAAUAUUCUUUAUUUAUGCUGGUAAGAAAUUGCCACCCAAAUAAGAUGAUUCAUGAUACUGGUAUUCCUGCUGAGUGUCAAAGUGGUCAGAAAACAGUUAAACCAAAAUGGCGCAACGUUACUCAGGAAAAGGCUGGUUGGGUUGAAUGCUGGACUGUCCCAAGUGUCAUGCUUACAAUUGAUUAUACAUGGCACCCAAUUUAUCCACAAAAAGCAGAUGAACAGCUAAAACAAUCAUUAUCAGAAAUGGAAGAGACAAUGCUAUCCGUAUUAAGGCCAUCCCAGAAGGCAUCAGACAGAGUUGUUUCUUCUCCCUCUACUUCUUCACGCCCCCCUAUUGAUCCCUCAGAACUUCCACCUGAUAAACUUCAUGUAGAAAUGGAACUUUCUCCAGAUUCUCAGAUAACUCUCUAUGGACCUCUACUAAAUGCCUUUUUGUGUAUAAAGGAAAACUACUUUGGGGAAGAUGACAUGUAUAUGGAUUUUGAAGAGGUUAUCUCAAGUCCUGUUUUGUCACUGUCAACAUCAUCCAGCUCUGGGUGGACUGCUGUUGGAAUGGAAAAUGACAAAAAGGAAAAUGAAGGUUCAGCCAAGUCAAUUCAUCCACUUGCCUUGCGUCCUUGGGAUAUCACUGUGCUUGUUAAUUUGUACAAAGUUCAUGGGCGUCUUCCUGUUCAUGGAACUACUGAUGGUCCUGAAUGCCCUACAGCUUUCUUGGAAAGACUAUGUUUUGAAAUGAAAAAAGGAUUUAGGGAGACCAUGCUGCAACUUAUCCUGUCACCGCUGAAUGUGUUUGUCAGUGAUAACUAUCAGCAGCGACCCCCUGUGGAUGAAGUACUCAGGGAAGGUCACAUCAAUUUGUCAGGUCUCCAGCUGAGAGCACACGCUAUGUUCUCAGCAGAAGGUCUUCCUUUGGGAAGUGAUUCCUUAGAAUACGCAUGGUUAAUUGAUGUGCAGGCUGGAAGUCUUACAGCUAAGGUCACAGCACCACAGCUGGCAUGCCUCUUGGAGUGGGGACAGACAUUUGUUUUUCAUGUGGUAUGUCGGGAGUAUGAACUGGAAAGACCAAAAUCAGUAAUAAUAUGUCAGCAUGGAAUUGAUCGUCGGUUCUGUGAGUCCAAGUUGAGUUGUAUUCCUGGGCCUUGUCCAACUUCAGAUGAUUUGAAAUAUACUAUGACUCGUUUAGCAGUAGAUGGAGCCGAUAUUUAUAUUGUUGAGCAUGGUUGUGCUACAAAUAUAAAGAUGGGUGCAAUUCGAGUUGCAAACUGUAAUCUCCACAAUCAAUCGGUUGGGGAAGGAAUCAGUGCUGCAAUUCAGGAUUUUCAAGUGAGACAGUACAUUGAGCAAUUAAAUAAUUGUAGAAUUGGACUUCAGCCUGCAGUGCUACGGAGGGCCUAUUGGCUUGAAGCUGGGUCAGCCAAUUUAGGACUUAUUACUGUUGAUAUUGCUUUAGCUGCUGACCAUCAUUCUAAACAUGAGGCACAAAGACAUUUCUUAGAAACUCAUGAUGCCAGAACUAAGAGAUUGUGGUUUUUGUGGCCAGAUGAUAUCCUUAAGAAUAAGAGGUGCAGAAACAAAUGUGGUUGUCUUGGUGGCUGCAGAUUCUUUGGUGGCACAGUAACUGGCCUAGAUUUCUUCAAACUUGAAGAGUUGACACCUUCCAGUAGCUCUGCAUUUUCAAGCACAAGUGCAGAGUCUGAUAUGUAUUAUGGACAGUCUCUGCUACAGCCUGGAGAAUGGAUAAUUACUAAAGAAAUUCCCAAAAUUAUAGAUGGUAAUGUGAAUGCCAUGAAGAGGAAAGAAUGGGAAAAUAAAUCAGUGGGAAUAGAAGUAGAGAGAAAAACUCAGCACCUUAGUCUUCAAGUACCAUUACGAUCUCAUAGUUCAUCCUCUUCCUCAGAAGAGAACAGUAGUUCUAGUGCUGCACAGCCUUUGUUGGCUGGUGAAAAGGAAAGUCCCUCAUCUGUUGCUGAUGACCAUUUGGUUCAAAAAGAGUUCAUGCAUGGGACAAAAAGGGAUGAUGGCCAAGCAAGUAUCCCUACAGAAAUUUCAGGAAACAGCCCUGUGUCUCCUAAUACUCAGGAUAAGUCAGUAGGUCAGUCUCCUCUUAGAUCUCCCUUGAAACGACAAGCCUCUGUCUGUUCCACACGUCUUGGAAGUACUAAGAGUCUUACUGCUGCUUUCUAUGGGGACAAGCAGCCUGUAACAGUUGGAGUCCAGUUUAGUAGUGAUGUCUCUCGAAGUGAUGAGAAUGUACUAGACUCACCAAAGCAGAGGAGAAGUUUUGGUUCAUUCCCAUAUACACCAUCAGCAGACUCUAAUUCAUUUCAUCAGUAUCGAUCAAUGGAUUCCAGCAUGUCAAUGGCUGAUAGUGAAGCCUACUUUUCUGCUGCUGAGGAAUUUGAGCCCAUUAGCAGUGAUGAAGGCCCUGGAACUUACCCAGGUAGAAAAAAGAAGAAAAAGCAAACCCAGCAGAUUGACUACAGUAGGGGUUCCAUAUAUCACAGUGUAGAAGGACCACUGACUGGACAUGGAGAAAGCAUUCAGGAUUCCCGAACUCUACCAUUCAAAACUCAUCCUUCCCAGGCUUCAUUUGUUUCUGCGUUAGGUGGAGAAGAUGAUGUUAUAGAGCAUCUAUAUAUUGUAGAAGGUGAGAAAACAGUGGAGAGUGAACAGAUUACUCCACAACAACCUGUGAUGAAUUGUUAUCAGACUUACCUUACUCAGUUCCAGGUAAUUAAUUGGUCAGUUAAGCACCCAUCCAACAAAAGAACCUCUAAAUCCUCAUUGCAUCGUCCCCUUGAUCUGGAUACACCAACCAGUGAAGAAAGUUCAUCAUCAUUUGAACAGCUUUCUGUUCCAACUUUUAAGGUUAUCAAGCAGGGGCUCACAGCUAAUUCUUUGCUAGACAGAGGCAUGCAACUUUCAGGAUCAACUUCAAAUACACCAUAUACUCCGUUGGAAAAAAAACUCGCUGAUAACACAGAUGAUGAAACAUUAACGGAAGAGUGGACCCUGGAUCAACCAGUGUCCCAGACCAGGACAACAGCCAUAGUUGAAGUAAAAGGAACUGUUGAUAUUGUUUUGACUCCCCUGGUGGCUGAAGCUUUAGACAGAUAUAUUGAAGCAAUGGUUCAUUGUGCUAGUACCCGACAUCCAGCUGCAAUUGUAGAUGAUCUUCAUGCUAAAGUCCUCAGGGAAGCUGUCCAAAAUAGCAAGACUACCUUCUCAGAAAAUUUAUCUUCCAAACAAGACGUUAGAGGAACAAAAACUGAGCACCCUACAAUAGGAACGACUAACCAAGGACAAGCACAGACAAAUCUUAUAACGAAGCAAGAUAAUGUAACAAUUAAAGGUCUUCAGACUAAUGUUAGCAUACCAAAGGUAAACUUAUGUUUGUUACAAGCCUCAGUGGAAGAAUCUCCAACUACAGCUGCUGGUAGGAGUGUGACUCAUGUUUCCCUGGUGGCAUUGUGUUUUGACAGAAUUGCUACACAAGUUCGUAUGAAUAGAGGUGUGGUUGAAGAGACUUCAAACAAUGCAGAACCUGGUAGAACAUCAAAUUUUGAUAGGUAUGUUCAUGCCACAAAGAUGCAGCCUCAGUCAUCUGGAUCUCUCAGAUCAAAUGCUGGAGCAGAAAAAGGCAAAGAAAUUGCAGCCAAGUUAAACAUUCAUCGAGUUCAUGGGCAACUUAGGGGUCUUGAUACAACAGACAUUGGGACCUGUGCAAUCACUGCUAUUCCUUUUGAGAAGUCCAAAGUUUUAUUUACUCUUGAAGAGUUGGAUGAAUUUACUUUUGUGGAUGAAACUGAUCAGCAAGCUGUUCCAGAUGUAACUCGAAUAGGUCCCAGCCAAGAAAAAUGGGGAUGGAUAAUGUUUGAAUGUGGACUUGAAAAUUUAACCAUAAAAGGAGGAAGACAGUCUGGUGCUGUUUUAUAUAACAGUUUUGGAAUUAUGGGUAAAGCUAGUGACACAGAUAGGGGUGGAGUGCUGACAUCCAAUAAUUCUUCUGAUUCUCCAACCGGAAGUGGUUAUAAUACUGAUGUCUCUGAUGAUAAUCUUCCAUGUGACCGGACAAGCCCUUCCUCAGACUUAAAUGGAAAUUCUGUUUCAGAUGAACAGGAUGAAGGAGUCGAAUCUGAUGAUUUGAAAAAAGAUCUACCUCUGAUGCCUCCUCCUCCAGAUUCAUGUAGCAUGAAGUUGACCAUUAAAGAAAUUUGGUUUAGUUUUGCAGCUCCCACCAAUGUGAGAUCUCACACACAUGCAUUUUCUAGGCAGCUGAACCUUUUAAGCACUGCAACGCCGGCUGUUGGUGCAUGGCUUGUUCCCAUUGACCAACUCAAGUCAUCCUUAAACAAAUUGGAAACUGAGGGAACCUUGAGAAUUUGUGCUGUUAUGGGAUGCAUAAUGACAGAAGCAUUAGAGAAUAAAAGUGUACAUUUUCCCCUAAGAAGUAAAUACAACAGACUUACGAAAGUUGCUCGCUUUCUCCAAGAAAAUCCUUCGUGUUUACUAUGUAAUAUACUACACCACUACCUGCACCAGGCAAAUUACUCCAUCAUUGAUGAUGCUACAAUGAGUGAUGGACUUCCUGCUUUGGUAACUUUGAAGAAAGGUUUAGUUGCACUGGCAAGGCAGUGGAUGAAGUUUAUUGUGGUGACACCAGCCUUUAAAGGAGUUAGCUUACAUAGACCAGCUCAGCCUCUGAAACCUCAAAUAGCUAUGGACCAUGAACAUGAAGAUGGACUUGGAUUGGACAAUGGGGGUGGUCUUCAAAGUGAUACCAGUGCUGAUGGAGCAGAAUUUGAGUUUGAUGCAGCCACAGUCAGUGAACACACAAUGCUAUUAGAAGGAACAGCUAACCGACCUCCACCUGGUAGCUCCGGACCCGUAACUGGAGCUGAGAUAAUGAGGAAACUUUCUAAAACUCAUACCCAUAGUGACUCUGCAUUAAAAAUAAAGGGCAUUCACCCAUAUCAUUCUCUGAGCUAUACCAGUGGAGACACUGCCACUGAUUCUCCAGUGCAUGUUGGACGUGCUGGGAUGCCAGUAAAGGAGAGUCCAAGGAAGGAGAGCCUACUCAGCUACCUGACUGGAAGCUUCCCAAGCCUGCACAACCUCCUGGAAGGGACUCCUCAGAGAAGCAGUGCUGCUGUGAAAAGCAGCUCCCUAACAAGAACAGGAAAUACAGUGGCCACUGAUAUGUUAUCUGAACACCCCUUGCUAUCUGAGCCAUCAUCUGUGAGUUUCUAUAAUUGGAUGUCAAAUGCUGUGGGUAAUCGAGGAAGUGUGGUACAAGAAUCUCCUGUUACAAAAUCAGGACACAAUAGUCUUCCCACAGGUGUUGCACCCAAUCUUCCUACAAUACCCUCAGCCUCAGAUUUCAACACUGUCUUGUCUAGUGACCAAAAUACUUUGGAUGGGACACAUUCUCAGCAUAGCACCAGUCAGGAUGAUGUGGCAGGUGUAGAAGAAGCAAACCAAGGGUUUCCUGCUGUUCAGCUUGCUGAUGCACAGGUUGUUUUCAAGCCUCUUCUGAGUCAUACAGGGAUCCAGUCACAGGAUACAAUGCCACUCUGCUACCGAAUGUACUUUGGAGAACACCUUUCAUUUUCAGGGACUUUGGACUGCCUCAGAGCAGAUAUUGUGGAUUCUGACACAGCCAAAGAGAGAAAAGGCAAAAGAGCGAGAAGGCAAGGCCAUGUGAAUCUUCCUCCACUUGAGUUCAAACCGGCAUUAAUGUUGGGAACCUUUAGCAUCAGUGCUGUUGUAAUGGAAAAGUCUGUGUGCACCCCUCAGAACUCUACCAGUGCCCUUUCUUUUCAUGAUCUCAGCAAGCGGUAUUAUAACACCUUUCACUGCAACUUUACUAUUUCCUGUCAGUCAAUAAGCCAGCAUGUAGAUAUGGCUUUGGUUCGUCUUAUUCAUCAGUUUAGCACAAUGAUAGAUGACAUCAAAGCAACACAGACUGAUAUUAAACUUAGCAGAUAUACAGCCGGAUCUGCUUCCCCAACACCUACCUUCAAAACCAGAAAACAUCGGGACUUUCGUUCAUCUGACUUUAGCCGCAGUUCUAGAGGAAGUCUUAAUGGUGGCAAUAGAGUAAAUAAUGCAAAGAACAAACGGACCAACAAUGAGAAUAACAAAAAGGAAUCUCGAAACAAGAAUUCAUUAGGAAGAUCUGAAAGAAGAACAUCAAAAGUGUCUAGGAAAGGUUCAAAAGAUGUGGUGGAUCACAUGACUAUUCAUAUGGAUGACUCUGAUUCAAUUACAGUGUCAGAACAAAGUGAGCCUUCAGCUGAGUGCUGGCAGAAUAUGUAUAAAUUGCUUAACUUCUAUUCACUUAUCUCUGAUCCAACAGGAAUAUUGGAAAAGUCUUCAGAAACAUUUGGACCAGCAGGAGUUCGGAGCCCUACAGAGCCAACAUGUAAAGUUGUGUUUGAGAAUGAACAAGACAACAGCAGUUUGACUAAGACGCAGAGGAAACGUAGCUUGGUAACUUCUGAACCUCAGCAUGUUACUCUAAUAGUGUUUGGGAUUGGCAUGGUGAACCGCACACACCUAGAGGCAGAUAUUGGUGGAUUAACAAUGGAAUCAGAACUGAAGAGGAUCCAUGGCAGUUUUACUCUUAAGGAAAAAAUGAAAGAUGUUUUACAUCAAAAGAUGACUGAGACUUGUGCUACUGCUCAUAUUGGUGGGGUUAAUAUUGUGCUCCUUGAAGGGAUUACACCAAAUAUACAACUGGAGGAUUUUCCUACAUCUCCUACAAGUACAGCCAAACAAGAGUUUCUAACUGUAGUGAAAUGUAGUAUUGCCAAGUCCCAAGCCCUCUACAGUGCCCAGAGAGGGCUGAAGACAAACAAUGCUGCUGUGUUCAAAGUAGGAGCUAUCAGCAUCAACAUUCCUCAGCACCCUGCCACCUUACACAGCAUGAUGGUUCGAAGUUCUCACCAACUAUCUAAACAAAUCUCAGACCUAAUCAGACAACCUUCUACAGCCCCACAGCCUGUAAAAGAAGAUAUUGCAACCCCACUACCUUCUGAAAAAACCCCAACAAGUGUUAAUCAAACUCCUGUUGAAACAAAUGAAUUUCCUCAGCUACCAGAAGGCUUAGAAAAGAAGCCUAUUGUUCUUAAAUUCAGUGCCAUGUUAGAUGGUAUAGCCAUUGGAGCAGCACUUUUACCGUCUCUGAAAGCAGAAUACAAGAUGGGAAGAAUGAGAAGUCAUGGAAUGACAGGUGCACAGACAAGAUUUACAUUUGAGCUGCCAAAUCACAGAUUGCGUUUUACUUCAAAAGUUUCUGCCACAGAUAUGUCAACCAUUCCUCCUUCUGCCAGUCUUAACCUUCCUCCUGUUACCAUGUCUGGGAAAUAUAUAAUGGAAGAACAUGAUAGUUACUCGGAUCAGGUGUGGAGUAUAGAUGAACUGCCUUCUAAACAAGGUUACUAUUUACAGGGAAAUUAUCUACGUUGUGUGGCAGAAGUUGGUUCCUUUGAACAUAAUCUUACAACUGAUCUUCUAAACCACUUGGUAUUUGUACAGAAAGUGUUCAUGAAGGAAGUUAAUGAAGUAAUACAAAAAGUUUCUGGUGGGGAGCAGCCUAUUCCUCUCUGGAAUGAACAUGAUGGAACAGCAGAUGGAGAUAAGCCUAAAAUCCUCCUCUAUUCCCUAAACUUGCAGUUCAAGGGUAUUCAAGUAACGGCCACUACUCCAUCAAUGAGAGCUGUAAGAUUUGAAACUGGAUUGAUUGAAUUGGAACUUUCUAACCGACUUCAAACCAAAGCUUCACCAGGAAGUAGCAGCUAUCUGAAACUAUUUGGCAAAUGCCAGGUGGAUUUAAAUCUGGCAUUAGGACAAAUUGUCAAACAUCAGGUUUAUGAAGAAGCUGGUUCUGAUUUUCAUCAGGUUGCCUAUUUUAAAACCAGAAUUGGAUUAAGAAAUGCCCUCCGAGAAGAAAUCAGUGGUUCUUCAGAUAGGGAAGCUGUGCUUAUUACUUUGAAUAGACCAAUUGUUUAUGCACAGCCUGUGGCGUUUGAUAGAGCUGUGCUGUUUUGGCUGAAUUAUAAGGCUGCCUACGACAACUGGAAUGAACAACGAAUGGCUUUACAUAAGGAUAUUCAUAUGGCUACAAAGGAAGUAGUAGAUAUGCUACCUGGUAUCCAGCAAACAUCAGCCCAGGCCUUUGGGACUCUUUUCCUCCAGCUCACUGUCAAUGAUCUGGGAAUUUGCCUACCUAUCACAAAUACUGCACAGUCUAAUCAUACUGGAGACCUUGACACUGGUUCUGCUUUGGUAUUAACCAUUGAAAGUACUCUCAUCACUGCGUGCUCUUCAGAGUCUCUGGUUAGCAAAGGGCAUUUCAAAAACUUUUGUAUCCGUUUUGCUGAUGGAUUUGAGACAUCAUGGGAUGACUGGAAACCAGAAAUUCGUGGGGAUUUAGUGAUGAAUGCCUGUGUAGUUCCAGAUGGCACCUAUGAAGUAUGUUCAAGAACUACAGGACAAGCAGCAGCUGAAAGCAGUAGUGCUGGAACCUGGACACUCAAUGUAUUGUGGAAAAUGUGUGGGAUUGAUGUUCACAUGGAUCCUAACAUUGGCAAAAGGCUUAAUGCUUUAGGCAAUACUCUUACAACACUGACAGGAGAGGAAGACAUAGAUGACAUUGCUGACUUAAAUUCAGUGAACAUAGCUGACCUGUCAGAUGAGGAUGAAGUUGAUACUAUGUCUCCCACUAUCCAUACUGAAGCCAUAGAUUAUCGAAGACAGGCAGCAUCUGCUAGCCAGCCAGGAGAACUUAGAGGAAGAAAAAUUAUGAAGCGUAUAGUGGAUAUCAGAGAACUGAAUGAACAGGCCAAAGUAAUAGAUGAUCUGAAAAAAUUAGGUGCAAGUGAAGGAACUAUAAACCAGGAAAUUCAACGUUACCAACAGUUAGAAUCUGUGGCUGUGAAUGACAUUAGAAGAGAUGUUCGUAAAAAAUUACGGAGGUCCAGUAUGCGGGCUGCUUCCCUAAAGGAUAAGUGGGGUUUGAGUUACAAACCAAGUUAUAGUCGAUCAAAAACCAUUUCUGCUUCUGGAAGACCACCUCUUAAACGAAUGGAAAGGGCAAGUUCUCGAGUAGGAGAAACUGAAGAGCUCCCAGAAAUCCGUGUGGAUGCAGCAUCUCCUGGACCUAGAGUAACUUUUAAUAUCCAGGAUACAUCGAAAAAUACAGUAUGGGGAAGUACACCACAAUCCAGCUGUCCUGGGGAAGGGUAUUUUCAGUUUCCAGAGGAGACAGAACUGGACCUUUUGUCAGUAACCAUUGAAGGUCCAUCCCAUUAUUCAUCAAAUAGUGAAGGAUCAUGUUCCGUGUUCAGUUCUCCCAAAACUCCAGGAGGCUUUUCACCAGGCAUUCCUUUCCAAACUGAAGAGGGCCGACGGGAUGACAGUUUGUCUUCUACCAGUGAAGAUUCCGAGAAGGAUGAAAAAGAUGAAGACCAUGAGAGGGAAAGGUUUUAUAUUUACAGGAAACCCUCACACACAUCUCGUAAAAAAGCAACAGGCUUUGCUGCUGUUCAUCAGCUAUUUACAGAACGCUGGCCAACAACACCAGUCAAUAGAAGUCUUAGUGGCACGGCUACAGAGAGAAAUAUUGACUUUGAACUUGAUAUACGGGUUGAAAUUGAUAGUGGGAAAUGUGUACUCCACCCAACCACCCUUCUACAAGAACAUGAUGAUAUAAGUUUGAGAAGGAGUUAUGAUCGAAGUUCCAGGAGCUUAGAUCAAGAUUCACCUUCAAAAAAGAAGAAGUUUCAAACUAAUUAUGCUUCUACCACCCAUUUAAUGACCGGCAAGAAAGUGCCAUCAUCUCUACAGACAAAGCCUAGUGACCUAGAAACAACAGUAUUUUACAUUCCUGGAGUUGAUGUAAAGUUGCAUUACAAUUCCAAGACGCUAAAGACUGAAUCACCUAAUGCCUCCAGGGGAUCUUCCUUGCCAAGAACACUCUCCAAAGAGUCCAAGCUGUAUGCCAAAGGAAAAGGAAGUGGAGGAGUAAAAACAGCCAAGUUAUAUGCCUGGGUAGCACUUCAGUCAUUGCCAGAAGAAAUGGUUAUCAGUCCCUGCCUAUUAGACUUUCUGGAAAAAGCUCUGGAAACUAUCCCAAUUACACCAAUUGAAAGGAAUUACACAGCUGUCAGCUCACAAGAUGAAGAUAUGGGACAUUUUGAAAUACCAGAUCCUAUGGAAGAAUCAACAACAUCACUAGUGUCAUCUUCAACAUCUGCUUACUCUUCCUUCCCUGUAGAUGUUGUGGUUUAUGUACGAGUUCAGCCCUCACAGAUAAAAUUUAGCUGUUUACCAGUAUCAAGAGUAGAAUGCAUGUUAAAGCUGCCAUCCCUGGAUUUGGUGUUUUCUUCAAACCGAGGAGAACUGGAGACUUUAGGGACUACAUAUCCUGCAGAGACUUUAUCCCCUGGAGGUAAUGCUACUCAGAGUGGAACAAAGACUUCUGCUAGCAAAACUGGAAUACCAGGUUCAUCAGGAUUAGGCAGCCCUCUUGGCCGAAGUCGACAUAGUAGUAGUCAGUCAGACCUGACCAGUUCCAGCAGUAGUUCAUCUGGCUUGAGCUUCACUGCAUGCAUGUCUGACUUUUCCCUUUAUGUAUUUCAUCCAUAUGGAGCAGGGAAACAAAAAACUGCUGUUUCUGGCCUUACACCUGGAUCAGGAGGAUUAGGCAAUGUGGAUGAGGAGCCCACUUCAGUCACUGGUCGAAAAGAUUCACUCAGUAUAAACCUUGAGUUUGUAAAAGUGAGUUUGUCACGGAUCAGGCGUUCAGGAGGUGCCUCAUUUUUUGAAAGUCAGUCUGUAAGCAAGUCUACAAGCAAAAUGGACACUACAUUAAUAAAUAUAUCUGCUGUUUGUGAUAUAGGGUCUGCCUCGUUUAAAUAUGAUAUGCGCCGACUCAGUGAAAUUCUGGCAUUUCCAAGAGCAUGGUAUAGAAGAAGUAUUGCAAGACGUCUAUUCCUUGGAGACCAAACUAUAAAUUUGCCAACAUCUGGCCCAGGGACACCAGAUUCCAUUGAAGGUGUAAGCCAGCACCUUUCCCCUGAAUCAUCAAGAAAAGCUUACUGCAAGACCUGGGAGCAGCCAAGUCAGUCAGCCUCCUUCACCCACAUGCCUCAGUCACCUAAUGUGUUCAAUGAGCAUAUGACAAACAGUACCAUGUCACCAGGGACAGUAGGACAGAGCCUAAAAUCCCCAGCUUCCAUAAGAUCAAGGAGCGUAUCUGAUUCUUCAGUUCCUCGAAGAGAUUCACUUUCAAAAACAUCAACUCCUUUUAACAAAUCAAACAAAGCAGCAAGCCAACAAGGGACCCCAUGGGAAACACUUGUCGUGUUUGCUAUCAACUUGAAGCAAUUAAACGUUCAAAUGAAUAUGAGUAAUGUAAUGGGAAAUACAACUUGGACAACUAGUGGUUUGAAGAGCCAGGGCCGUCUGUCAGUAGGAAGUAAUCGUGAUCGAGAGAUUAGCAUGUCUGUUGGUCUGGGAAGAUCACAAUUAGAUUCUAAAGGAGGAGUAGUUGGAGGGACCAUAGAUGUCAAUGCUUUGGAGAUGGUUGCUCAUAUUUCUGAACAUCCAAAUCAGCAACCCAGUCACAAAAUUCAGAUUACUAUGGGUUCUACUGAAGCUCGUGUUGAUUACAUGGGCUCAAGUAUCCUCAUGGGCAUCUUCAGUAAUGCUGAUCUUAAGCUUCAGGAUGAAUGGAAAGUAAACUUGUAUAAUACAUUGGAUUCAAGCAUAACUGAUAAAAGUGAGAUUUUCGUCCAUGGAGAUUUGAAGUGGGAUAUUUUCCAAGUAAUGAUAUCAAGAUCAACCACACCAGAUCUGAUAAAAAUAGGAAUGAAACUCCAGGAAUUUUUCACACAACAAUUUGAUACCAGCAAACGAGCUCUGUCUACCUGGGGACCAGUUCCUUAUCUUCCACCAAAGACAAUGACUAGCAACCUAGAAAAAAGUUCACAAGAACAAUUGCUUGAUGCAGCACAUCAUCGACACUGGCCUGGAGUAUUGAAGGUGGUAUCAGGAUGCCACAUAUCCUUAUUUCAGAUUCCAUUACCAGAAGAUGGAAUGCAAUUUGGAGGAUCAAUGAGCUUACAUGGAAAUCAUAUGACACUGGCAUGUUUUCAUGGUCCAAAUUUCCGUUCAAAAUCUUGGGCCCUUUUUCAUUUAGAAGAACCAAAUAUUGCUUUUUGGACUGAAGCUCAGAAAAUCUGGGAAGAUGGCUCCAGUGAUCAUUCUACAUAUAUUGUACAAACACUAGAUUUUCAUCUGGGUCAUAAUACUAUGGUUACCAAACCAUGUGGUGCUUUGGAAAGUCCUAUGGCAACAAUAACCAAGAUAACAAGGCGUCGCCAUGAAAAUCCACCCCAUGGAGUAGCAAGUGUGAAAGAAUGGUUCAAUUAUGUUACAGCCACAAGGAAUGAAGAGCUAAAUCUACUUCGUAAUGUUGAUGCUAACAACACUGAGAAUAGCACUACUGUGAAGAAUUCUAGUUUGUUGAGUGGAUUCAGAGGAGGUUCUAGCUACAACCAUGAAACAGAGACUAUCUUUGCAUUACCAAGGAUGCAGCUGGACUUUAAAUCCAUUCAUGUUCAAGAACCACAGGAGCCUUCAUUACAGGAUGCCAACCUGAAGCCAAAAGUAGAAUGUAGUGUGGUGACAGAGUUCACUGACCACAUUUGUGUGACUAUGGAUGCUGAGCUCAUCAUGUUUCUUCAUGAUUUAGUGUCAGCUUAUCUUAAAGAAAAAGAAAAAGCCAUCUUUCCACCUCGGAUUUUAUCUACUCGACCAGGACAGAAAAGUCCAAUUAUUAUACAUGAUGACAAUUCCUCUGAUAAAGAUAGAGAAGAUAGCAUCACUUAUACUACUGUGGACUGGAGAGAUUUUAUGUGCAAUACAUGGCAUCUAGAACCUACUCUUAGGUUAAUUUCUUGGACUGGAAGAAAGAUUGAUCCAGUAGGUGUUGAUUAUAUUCUUCAAAAAUUGGGCUUUCAUCAUGCUAGGACUACUAUUCCUAAAUGGCUUCAAAGAGGAGUCAUGGAUCCACUGGACAAGGUUUUGUCAGUUCUUAUCAAAAAGCUCGGUACCGCACUACAGGAUGAAAAGGAAAAGAAAGGCAAAGACAAAGAAGAACACUAAAAAGUAAUUUGAUCUUUGAACAAAUUAUGAUUGUGUCUGUUAAGUUUUAUUACACUGGAGUGUUUUUUUAGUAUAAUAAUUUUAAAUAUAACUUUAAAAUAAUUCUAAAUUUGUGGCUAUUAUAAUUAAAAGUUUGUAAGUUAACCAGUUUAUUCUAGUCUCAUCAUUCUGUGUACAGUGAAGUAUUGCAUGAUAAUGUAAAUUUUGUGAAAAACUAGAUUAAAAUAUAUAAAUCUUGUUAUGGUUUAUAAUUAUAUAAUGUGCAAUACAAUUCCUGCAUCUUUAAAAUGUUUGCAGAAUAACUGAAUUUUUUUUUGUGACUGGCCAUAACUUUUAGAAAAAAAUCUUGUUGAUAAUGUGAUUUUUGGGGAGGUCAUUAAUUGCUUUUUCUUUUUUUAAUGUAGACUUGUAUAAUACCUGUCUAUAUAUAGCUUGAGUAAUUGUGGUAUGAUUGUAUACCACUAAAAUAUUGUUAACUAUUGUAAUAAAGUCACAAUAAUGGUUUAA